AUGUCGAGCUCUACCAGUCCCACGCACGGCACUGCCGAGCCGCCCGCCAAGCGACCACGGCGCGGCGCCUUCGUCGUCUUCGAGGGACUCGACCGCAGCGGCAAGUCGACCCAGGUCGCCCGGCUCGUCGACGCCCUCAAUGCUGCAGGCACCAAAGCCGUCGCAGCACGCUUUCCAGACCGCACCCUCACGACGGGCAAGAUGAUCGACUCGUACUUGUCGCAAAAAGCCGACCUCGACGACCGUGCCAUCCACCUCCUGUUCAGCGCCAACCGGUGGGAGCGAGCGAACCAGAUCUUGCGGGACCUCGAGAGCGGGACGACGGUCGUGUGCGACCGCUACGCGUUCAGCGGCAUCGCCUUCUCGGUCGUCAAGGGCCUCUCGCCGACCUGGUGCCGCGCACCCGACGUCGGCCUCCCCGCGCCCGACCUCGUCCUCUUCCUGCGCAUCUCGCCCUCGGCCGCCCAGACCCGGGGCGGGUUCGGCAACGAGCGCUACGAGACGCGCGAGAUCCAGCUCGGCGUCGAGCGCGAGUUUGCCGCCCUUGCCGAGAGCGUCGAGCGCGGCGUGUGGAGGAACGUCGAUGCCGACAGGGGGGUCGAGAGCGUGGCUGAGGAGGUGUGGGACAGGGUCGGCGAGGUGCUCAAGGGCCCGAGGUGUGAGAGGGAGGUCGCGAGACUGUGGGAGGGCGUCGACGACGAGCAGGAGCCGGCACGGGCUCAGUGAGGGAGCGCGCCUCGCAACUGUGUACCUCGAGCACCUUCUGCCACUGCAAGUCGUUCCCUCGCUCUCUCUC